AUGGAAUUGAAACCGCCAAAUUUUGAUGUUAGACAAGGUAAUGCGGCUCACCUGUGGCCUAAGUUCAAACAAAACUUCGAGAUAUUUGUAAACGCAUCAGGGAUUGCUGCAGACGAGAAUAGAAAAUGCAAUCUAUUACUACACUGUAUGGGAAGUGAUGGAAUAGAAAUAUAUAAUUCAUUCGAGCUGAAGCAAAAUGAGUUUACAUACGACAAUCUCAUUACAAAGUUUAAUGGAUAUUUUGUGCCUAAGACCAAUCUAACGUUUGAAAGACAUAAAUUCUUUACAAGAAAUCAAACAGCAGGUGAAAGUUUUGACGCAUAUGUAACUGAUUUAAAAGCAUUAUCUGCAACUUGUGAUUUUGGGAAACUAAGAAACUCCUUGAUCAAAGACAGAAUAGUAUGUGGUAUUACAGACAAUAAAUUAAGAGAGAAGCUACUAGGAGAAGCUGAUUUAAAUUUAAAUAAGUGUAUUGAUCUUUGCCACGCAGCAUUAAUUACUUUAAACCGAACCAAGGAAAUUGAGUCCGAUGCACCAGUACAAGUGGACAAGAUACAUAAGAAAGAAAAAGAGAGAGUAAAGAGAAAUGAUAAGAAGCCAAGCACUUCAAGCAAAAAUGAUGGAACAAUCCACAAAAAAGACUUUAUAAAUCAGUGUACCAGAUGUGGAAAUUCGCACAAGAUAAAUGAAUGUCCAGCGUAUGGAAAAGUGUGCAACAAGUGUAACAAGAAGAAUCAUUAUGCAAAAAUGUGUAAAAUGAAGAGAGUCAAUGAAGUGAGGUCACAGAAACCAGAAAAUAAAGAUAUGGAUGAAGACGAUUUGUACAUUGGAACAGUGGGAAAAGCCAGUGAGAAGGAAGAUUGGACAGAGGUGUUAGAGUUACAAAAUAAAGACAAAAAGGUAUUUAUAAAGUUUAAACUAGACACAGGGGCGCAGGCAAAUAUUAUUCCUAAGCGUAAUUUAGAUAAAUUGUCUGAUGUUAAAUUAGAACCAUCUAAAGGAAUUGGAAUAGGUUGUUUAAAAGAUACACAUAACAUUAAAAUUAAUAAAGACGCAACACCAGUAGUAUUUAAUGCAAGAAAAAUUCCAAUGUCAAUUAAAAAUGAAGUUAAAUCUGAAUUAGAUAGGUUAGUACGUCUUAAAAUAAUUGAACAAAUAAAUGAUCCAACUGACUGGGUUCAUCCCAUGGUAGUUGUCAGGAAACCUAAUGGCAAAAUUCGUGUUUGUUUAGAUCCGGUUGAACUUAACAAAGUAAUUAAACGUGAGUUCUAUCAAAUAUCAACAGUUGAAGAAAUAUUAACACAAGUAAAUGACGCAAAAGUUUUCAGUAUUUUAGAUGCUAAUAGUGGUUUCUAUCAAAUACCAUUGGAUGAGGCAAGCAAGAAAUUAUGCUGUUUUGCUACUCCAUUUGGUAGAUAUAUGUUCUCAAGGUUACCUUUUGGCAUAGCAUCAGCACCAGAGGUUUUUCAUAAGAGAUUUCAAAGAGAGAUCAAAUUUUUGAAGGAGGUCAAGUUUUUAGGGCAUGUGAUUGGUUCUUCAAAAAUCAGGCCAGAUCCAGACAAGAUUAAGAGCAUAGUAGAAAUGCCACCACCAAAAUGUAAACAAGAUGUUGAACGUUUCCUGGGAAUGUUUUAUAGCGGUAACUCGAUAGGAUAUAUAAAGGUGUUGAGAAAGUUUUCAGGACUUUGGUUGCACACCUUGAGUGUUAAGGAUUACCACAGGAACAGUUAUAAAAGGCACCAUUUAGGGCAUAUAAGUGUUAUAUAA